CCCACCCGCCGCACGUACUAAGGAAGGCGCACAGCCCGCCGCGCUCGCCUCUCCGCCCCGCGUCCAGCUCGCCCAGCUAGCCCAGCGUCCGCCGCGCCUCGGCCAAGAUACUCUCGGUGGAUGGUUUGGACAGAACACUCCCUGAAGGAAAAGGAGAACUGUGCCAUCUCAGAGGGCAUUUUCCAAGAGGAAGUGAGUCACACCUGGUCUGGCCGCCAGUCUGCAGGAGAGGCCUCGACUGAACUGCAGGCUUCAACAGACCACACCAAAAUGCCAUCUCAAAUGGAACACGCCAUGGAAACCAUGAUGUUUACAUUUCACAAAUUCGCUGGGGAUAAAGGCUACUUAACAAAGGAGGACCUGAGAGUACUCAUGGAAAAGGAGUUCCCUGGAUUUUUGGAAAAUCAAAAAGACCCUCUGGCUGUGGACAAAAUAAUGAAGGACCUGGACCAAUGCAGAGAUGGCAAAGUGGGCUUCCAGAGCUUCUUUUCCCUAAUUGCAGGCCUCACCAUUGCAUGCAAUGACUAUUUUGUAGUACACAUGAAGCAGAAGGGAAAGAAGUAGGCAGAAAUGAGCAAUUCCCUCCUCCCUGAUAAAAGUUGUCCCAAAGGGUCGCUUAAGAAAUCUGCCCCACAGCUUCCCCCAUAGAAGGAUUUCAUGAGCAGAUCAGGACCCUUAGCAAAUGUAAAAAUAAAAUCUAACUCUCAUUUGACAAGCAGAGAAAGAAGAGUUAAAUACCAGAUAAGCUUUUGAUUUUUGUAUUGUUUGCAUCCCCAUGUCCUCAAUAAAUAAAGUUCUUUUUUAGUUCCAAA